CCACAACCUACGUCCGCGUUAAGCUCUCGCUCAUGGAAGACAGCCGCUGAGCUUCAAGAGAAUGGAAAAGCAUGUCGUUGAGUAGAUGGCCAAUAUUUUUGUUAGGAAUACAUAACUUGCCAGCCAGGUGUUUUUUGUAAGGAACUGCAUUGUAUUGGGAAUUAACUUCGAUAAUUAUCAAUUUGAGCUAGACACCGGAUGCAGACAGUUACGCGGCCCAUACGAGUCACUGGAUCCCAGUCACACCCUGCUGGGUCGAUGUCUGCUUAAUAACAAGAUAUUUGUAUACACCUUAAAUGUAUAACGUGAUGGCGACAUGACUCAUUUGGCAACGAUUCUCUGAUUCGGACGUGAAGCGAACAUUUGGACUGGAUAUGACCGACUCAUCAUCACCAUGGGAGGAUCAGGGGAGAUAACACCGGACACUGCGUGCUGCUCUACCAACCAGACAAGUAACUUAAUAGCAACAAAGUAGUUUAAAGUCCUUUCUAUUAAUCUCGUUUUCCAUCUACCGUGGGAUAAUGGCCGCUCAGAUGUACACUUUUGUCACCCGGGAUGACAACAGCACCGUUUAUGCAGAAGUUUCCAAAAUCCUCUUGUCUACUGGGCAGUGGAGGAGGCUGAAAAGAGACAACCCCAGAUUUAAUUUAAUGCUUGGUGAAAGGAACAGACUACCCUUUGGACGUUUAGGUCAUGAACCAGGACUGGUGCAGCUGGUGAAUUACUACAGAGGAGCAGACAAGCUUUGCAGGAAGGCAUCAUUGGUCAAGCUUAUAAAGACCAGCCCAGAGCUCUCAGACUCCCCGAGCUGGUUUCCAGAGUCUUACAUCAUUUAUCCCACCAAUCUCAACACUCCUGUUGCUCCUGCUACAAAUGGCAUCAGCCAUCUGAAGAGCAAUCCCAAGACCGAUGAGCGAGAAGUUUUCUUGGCAUCCUACCAUUCCAAGAAAGAAAGUGGGGAGGGGAAAGUGUGGAUUGCCAAGUCGUCCGCUGGAGCUAAAGGCGCUGGUAUCGUGAUAUCCCACGAUGCUAACCAUCUGCUGGAGUACAUUGACAAUCAGGGACAGGUUCAUGUCAUUCAGAAGUACCUGGAGAAACCUCUACUUUUGGAGCCUGGACAUCGCAAGUUUGACAUCAGGAGCUGGGUACUUGUGGAUCACCAUUACAACGUCUAUUUAUACCGAGAAGGUGUUCUGCGUACGUCCUCCGAGCCGUACAACACCUCAGACCUCCAGGACAUGACCAGUCACCUGACAAACCACUGCAUCCAGCAGGAGCACUCCCAGAACUACGGCCGCUAUGAGGAAGGGAACGAGAUGUUCUUUGACGAGUUCCGCCUGUACCUGCUCAACACUCACAAUGUCACGCUGGAGGCCAGCAUAUUACCUCAGAUCAAGCAAAUCAUCAAGAGUUGUCUGUCAUGCAUUGAACCAGCCAUCAGCACGAAGCAUCUCUCCUACCAGAGCUUCCAGCUGUUUGGAUUUGACUUCAUGGUGGACGAGAAGUUCAAAGUGUGGCUCAUUGAGAUCAACGGAGCCCCAGCCUGUGCACAGAAGUUGUACCCAGAGCUGUGUCAAGGCAUCGUGGACGUAGCCAUCGCCAGCGUCUUCACCCUCAACAAUAGUGGUGACUCCUCGUCAUCGUCACCUUAUUCCUCGUCACCGUCCUCCUUGUUCAGCACUAAUGCUUGUUCCUCACCCAAAAUAAGAGGGCCGCUUCAUGUCGGCCCUUUUACUCGACUGUAAGCAUGGCAAAUCAUUCAUGUCUUUCGGCACUGCUGGAAGAACGACAAAUGCCGUCAUUUGUUACCGCAGCAUUUGUAUUGUACCUUGUGUUUCAUGCAUGUCUUUUUAUGGAUGCAUCGAAGGAAUGGCAAAUGUUGCAUUUGGUUGUUUGGAAAAUGAGGAGAACAGUUGCUUAAAGCUGUUUGUCCCAUAAUAGAUUGUUGGAAAUGAGACUGUAGUGCCUUACAUAUCCACCCAUUGACAAACCCUCAACAGACUUUCUUCUUCAUCAAGGAGGUCAAGUUUCAGAAAUGUUGGCCUUUCACAUUUCUGACGACCAUGAUCCAGUAUUUUCUGGUUUUCGGUUCACCCCAUUGAUGUUUUUUUUAAUGAAAAAUUAAAAUAAAUCACCAUCUUGAUUCAACUUUAUCCAGUAAAUACACACAAAUAUAUCGCUAUUGUCUUCCUAUAGCUGUCAUAGUAGUUAACCUGGUAAAUGCUGCAUGGUGCUUGUUGAUUUCUACUACUUUCGUGCUUUGGUAGUCUCUGAAUUAUUUUCUAGCGCAUGACGUCGGCUUCUCAAGUUUUAUUUUGUUUGUGUCUUCGUAGCACAUUUAUUUAUGUUACAACUUUGUGUUUACUCUCAAGAAUGAAGGAUAACCAUCUAAAAAGUAUACAUUUUGUGAUGUGCUGGGCACCUUAACUCCUAAAUAAAUUUCAUGAUGAUUAUUAGAAUGAAUGCACAAUUAUAUUAUUGUGAUCAGUAUUGCAGCCCUGUUUUAGCUGAAAAGAUGAUUCAGGGGCCUAUAAUGUACGCAUAGAAAGGGUUUCUAUGAACUACGGUAGUGGUGUAAAAAAAUUUCAGUCAACAGAAAAGUAUAUAUAUUUAUUGCAUUUUUGGGGGGAUUCUCUCAUUAAGGGGAAAGGUGCCUUAGAGGGGUUUUCUUUCUGUUAAAAAGCAUCUGUACCAUUGGUGUAAAUUUGCCCCAUUCAUCAACAGACCUUAUUUUUCUAAUUAUUUCCUGACAUGUUAAUAAGUCCUGGAUGUGUUCACCCCAACCAAAGAUAAAACCAUGCUGUAUGUUGUGUGUUAAAUGUAUUGUCCAAUCAAGUGCCGCAGUGUUUGUGAAGUGAUUAUGCACUCAUAUGUGACGUGAAAGCAAGUGUGCAUUCAGGGACGUAAUGUUUUGUUUGCUGUAGUGUUUCUUCUUCCAAAUGUUGCAUGGUGGUUUCUCAUAAAAAACUUGCUAAAAUAAAAAAUAAUAAUAAUCUAAUUACCAGAUAUAGAACUCAUUUUUAUGUAGCAU